UUUCCUUGACACACCACACCUGAGAUCUGAAGCAGGUAGAAAUCAGGUGAAUGUGUUGCUCUUGACAACUUUCGACAGGAAACCCCCGUGAACGAUUUUUUUUAAUGUAUAGGAAACAAUGCUAAGUGACUGAUCAAGUUAUUUACCAGUCAGUUCGACUGACAUUACAGCUAAAGUGGAUUAACGAGUUUUUAAGAAAUAUAUACCUCAUACCAGCAUACUUUUAAAUUCUACAAAAAUGGACUCGUGGUGUUUUCUUUUCGUUGCCUUGGCUUUUAUUCUUGGUGUUCAUGGCGGCGAAACAUCAUCAGCACCGGGCCAGUGUGUAAAAUCUUUCAGAGAGGGUCGGGAAGACUUUGUUCUCGACACGGUGGAGUCGAUCGAGGAUGGGGCCGUGUUCCUGUCAAACCGGAGCGUCGCGCACAGGAACGCGUGCAUUGCGGCGUGCUGCAGAGAGCCCAUAUGCAACUUGGCUCUCGUAGAAGACGAACGCGAGAAGGGAUCCAACUACAGCUGCUUUCUCUUCAACUGCUUAUAUAAGCAAAAAUAUGUCUGUCGAUUUAUUCAGAAGAAGAGGUUCAGAAAUUAUAUACUGGAUUCAGUUUAUGAUUAUUUCCUGAGUGGACGCAAAAGUGAUGGGAAGGACAGUCCACCCAUUGCCAAUGCGGGACGGGAUGUGGUGGUCCAGCCUAAUGGGGAGGUAUUGCUGAACGGCAUUGAGAGUUGGGAUGAUAAGAAAAUCAUCAGCUACGAAUGGAGUCUCGUCAGUGGAAAUAAAUCCGUCCAUGUAGAGAAAACGAAUCUGCCAGACCAGGUGAAGGUGUCCAGGUUGGUGCCUGGGGUGUAUAAGUUCAAACUGACAGUGACCGAUUCAGGACACCAUUCUGAUUCUGCUAAUGUCACUGUUUUGGUUCUCACUCCUGAGCAAUCUGCACGUCGCUGUUUGAUCCCUAAAAACGCUGGACCCUGCCGAGGUUCUUUUCUUCGUUGGCAUUACAACGCUGCAUCCAGCAAGUGUGAGGAGUUCAUCUUUGGAGGGUGUAUAGAGAAUAACAACAACUAUCUCUCUGAACAGGAGUGUUCUAAUGCCUGUAAAAACGUGACAGUAAAACAUGGAGAUACGAGAAUGCCGCACAAUGAAGACUGUAAUUCGGCGUGCAAAGAAGACGAAGUGAAAUGCUCUAACGGCUGCUGUGUGAAGAGCGAGCUCGAGUGUGAUGACCAGCAGCAAUGCACCAAUGAUUCUGAUGAGGAGAACUGUGAACAAUUGAAUAAUGGCCUGACUCGACUUCUAAGGAUUGAGGGGAAUAAGAGAGCACACUGCACAGAUCCAUAUGCUGUGGGCCCAUGUCGAGCCAGUUUUCCUCGUUGGUACUAUGACCCUCUUAACGAAAAGUGCCAUCGCUUCACAUAUGGGGGCUGUGAUGGCAAUAAGAACAACUUUGAGACAUCAGACAACUGCAUGAGCAACUGCUCAGGUGUCUCAGAAAAUGAUGUGUUUGCCAGAGGAUUGCUUGUAGGCGAGGACAGGGAGGAACUAGGAGAAAGCCAGUCAGCUUCUGUUGCCCUAGCUGUGGUUUUGGUUGUCGCCGUCUUGGCUGUUCUGGCUGUGUUGGGUUACUUUUUCCUCAAGAACAAGAGAAAAAGCCAUCAGCCGGUGGCCACCAGCAGUCCUCCAGUGGUGUACAGUGAUGAAGACCAACAGCUGGUCUACAACACCACCACCUCCAAAGCAUGACAAAAUCUUUAAAAACAACAAACUUUAACAUCUUUUCUACCAUGUGGUCUAACCCUCAGACUGAUGCUGACUGCAGUGUAGAAUGGGCCGAAUUAAUAACUAAAAACUAAGCUGUUCAGGGUUCCCGACCUUUACGUAAAGCCAUUUUAAAUGUUCAGUCACUGAACCAGGUCUUUUAUCUCAGGUCUUAAUGAGCAAGAUGUUAAUUUUAGAAUUAGUGUAUUACAUUACAUUGUUAGGUAGAAAUAACUCAUUAUAAAUGGUCUACUACCAUCUGAGAUUUUUACAUUCUUGCACUUGGCAAAAAACAUAUUGCAACUUUCUUUUUGUUUCCCGUAAAGCCAUAUCAUUUAUCAUUCUGGUUAUUUCUGAGGGGAAUUGAAAUGUCUUGACUUGUAUCUAGAGGCUAUUUUAAUAUUUCUAUUACAUUUUAAAGUACGUAUGUUUUCAUGGUGUGAUAAUUCAUUGUUUAUAUAUAUAUAUAUGUGUGGAUUGUUAGAUUGCUUGUAUUAUUGGCCAAUGAAUCCAUGAGAUCUUAUUGCACUAAAUGUUAAAUGUUUGCAAGCUUUUUGCUCAGUUUAUUAUUAAAGAGAACUUAAUAUGUGUGCUCUGAGUGAUAUUCCAGUUGAGUACUGAGGUGAAACAGUCUUAAACACUGGGGAGAAGAAACAUAACAAACAAACCUACAUUUGAUGCUUUUGUGUUUCUCUAAAUGGGUCAAGAGUGUUAAAGAAUGACUAAAAUGUUUAUUGUGGGUGGAUGUGUUUCUUAAAGAUAUGCAUCUGAUUAUUUCAGUUUUUUUAUGUUUACAUAUUUUAAAUCGUGUAAGUGCUAUUUGGUGAAUAAGGACAUGGAUUCAUGAGCUUUGAUUUUAAAUAAAAGAGUUUCUAAUUA